AUGACUACGACGGUGCCCAAGAUAUUCGCGUUCCACGAGUUCUCAGGCGUGGCGGAAGCCGUGGCAGACCAUGUGGUCCACGCCCAGGACAGCGCACUGGCCCCCAAGAGCGAGAGGAAGCAUUCCGUGACCAACCUCAGCGUGAAUGCGUUGGACAUGACCAGAGAGGUGUCCUGCAAAAGUACUGCGUCAGCUUCGGAGGUCAAGAAUGGUGGCAGCAGCAGCAACAGCAAGGCUAAGAAGGAGAAGCGAUUCAAGAUUGCGCUGUCCGGUGGGUCGCUGAUCCAGGUGCUGCACGAGGGCCUGCUUAAGCGGGAGGACGUGCUGUGGGGGAAGUGGGACAUCUACUUUGCAGAUGAGAGGCUAGUGCCCUUCAGCUCGAACGAGAGUAAUUACGGGUGUGCCAAGCGGAAGAUACUUGACCAGAUAGACACGGCAAAGUACGGGACGCCGAAGGUGUACCACAUCGACGAGUCGCUGAUCGACGACCCACAGGAGUGUGCAGACAACUACGAGAAGGUGCUUAUCCGCGGGUUCGCAGGUAGGGACUCCGUCAAGCUUCCGAUGUUCGACCUGUUUCUGCUCGGGUGUGCUCCCGAUGGCCACAUUGCAUCGCUGUUCCCGAACUUCCAGGACAGUCUGCGUGAGAAGCUGGCGUGGGUCGUGCCCGUGGAGAACGCUCCCAGCGGGCCCUCGACCAGGAUCUCGCUGACCAUCCCCGUGAUCUGCCACUCGCACAGAGUCACGUUCGUCGUUGAAGGUGCCACUAAGGCCCCUGUGAUCAAGACCAUCAUGGAGCGGCCCGAGAAGGGCCUACCCAGCAGCAUCGUCAACGAGGGUGCUGCCGGUCGUGUGUCGUGGUUUGUCGACGACGACGCCCUCACUGACGUGCUUGUCACCAAAAAGAAGUACAAGUUCCAUCCGGCUUAG